GCCUGGCCUGCGGAAUUGCUUUGUGCCGGGUUCUCUAGUGUGCCCCGAUAUGCUGCGGGCGUGCGGGCCUGGGCCUGGUUCUCUGCUGCUCCGGGAGGCGCUGGCUCUCGGGCGGCGCGGGCGAGUGUGGCAGCGGCCGCAAGGCCAGGACACCGGCGUGCAGGUGCACAACAGCCUCACGGGCAAGAAGGAGCCGCUGAUCGUGGCCCGCACGGACGCCGUCUCCUGGUAUAGCUGUGGACCCACUGUGUACGACCAUGCACACCUUGGCCAUGCUUGCUCAUACGUCAGAUUUGACAUUAUCCGAAGGAUCCUGACCAAGGUGUUUGGGUGCAAUGUGAUCAUGGCAAUGAGCAUCACUGAUGUGGAUGAUAAAAUAAUCAGGAGAGCUAACGAGAUGAAUGUUUCGCCCGCUUCUCUUGCCAGUCUCUUUGAAGAAGAAUUUAAACAAGACAUGGCAGCCCUGAAGGUUCUGCCUCCGACCGUGUACUUGAGAGUCACUGAGAACAUCCCUCAGAUCAUCGCUUUUAUUGAAGGCAUCAUCGCUCAUGGCCAUGCGUACUCGACAGCCUCAGGCAGCGUCUACUUCGAUCUGCAAGCACGAGGGGACAAGUAUGGCAGGCUCGUCAACGUGGUUCCCAGCGCAGCCCCAGAGCCAGCAGUUGACUCUGACAAGCGGCAUGCCAGCGACUUUGCCCUGUGGAAGGCAGCCAAACCUCAGGAGGUGUUCUGGACCUCACCAUGGGGAGACGGCCGGCCCGGUUGGCAUAUCGAGUGUUCCGCCAUGGCCAGUGAGGUUUUUGGGAGCCAACUGGACAUCCACACGGGCGGCAUAGACUUGGCUUUCCCACACCACGAGAACGAAAUAGCACAGAGCGAGGUCUUCCACCAGUGUCAGCAGUGGGGAAACUACUUCCUACAUUCUGGGCAUUUGCAUGUGAAAGGCAACGAAGAAAAAAUGUCCAAAUCCUUAAAAAACUACAUCACCAUUAAGGACUUCCUGCAGACCUUCUCCCCCGACGUCUUCCGGCUUUUCUGCAUGCGCACCAGCUAUAGGUCAGCCAUUGAAUACAGUGACAGUACCCUGCUGGAAGCCAAGCACACCCUGCUGGGGUUGACCUCUUUUAUAGAGGACGCACGAGCCUAUGUAAGAGGGCAGCUGACCUGUGGCCCUGUUGGUGAGGAUGUGCUGUGGGAGAGGCUGAGCAUCACCAAGAAGGCCGUGAAGGCUGCGCUAGCCAAUGACUUUGACACGCCGAGGGCAGUGAACGCCAUCCUGGACCUUGUGCACCAAGCCAACAGACAGCUUAGGGCAGUCUCGAAGGAAGCUGGCGGCCCAAGAAGUCCCACUGUGUUUGGUGCCAUCAUCUCCUACGUUGAGCAGUUUUUCGAGACUGUUGGGAUUUCUCUGGCAAAUAGACAGUGUGUUUCAGGAGACAGCGGCACAGCAGCUCUGCACUGUGUGGUGGAUGAACUCGUGCGCUUCAGGCUGAAGGUCCGCCAGUACGCACUGGCGACACCCGGGGUGACUGGCGCGGCCCGGAGACAGCAGCUCCAGGAGAGGCAGCCCUUGUUAGAGGCAUGUGAUGCCCUGCGCCAGGACCUCGCCACCCACGGCAUCAAUAUUAAGCGUGUGGCGGGACACCUGAGGUCCGCAUGCAGACCCACUACUCCACUGCACACCCAUCUUGGGCUGGAGGACAAACUAGAACCGCCCUUUGUGCCACUCCCCUGCAGAACUGAGCAAACUAACAUCCACCUGAAACACCAUUUCCUCCAGUGGUGUUGACUGGGCACCUCAUACCUAGUAAAUGUGGCCAUAAUGGUCCACAGGACAUUAUGUGUGGGCAAUCUGUGAGCUUAGCGUCCUGCUGCCUCAGAGAUCACACACCUAUGAAGACCAGUGUCCAGGACGGCCAUCCCUCCACCCUGUCUGCUCUCUACUUCAGUUUAUAGAAGCCACUGCUGAAUUCUCCACAGUGGUGCCCUAACCAACCACGGCCGCCAGGGCCCCACCCUCAGCUGGUAUGGUAGCUUUGGGUCUAGCAUGUGUGUAGACAGGGGACCUUUGGAAGCAGAUGUCUCCUGUGGAGCACUGAUAGUUCACCUGGGACACUACAGGAAUUUGACACGUGAGCUGCUGGAGAGCUGACGGCACUAACGGUAUCAGAGCAGGACAAAGGAAGGGUGCCAUACCCAUU